GUUGCAUGCAGUCGACCCAUACGAUGAGUCUUGAAGUACUAGCGGGAGUUCUUCCUUUAAAAGACCGAUUCUGGGAUCUCUCUUCUCGUUUACUUAUUCGAUGUGAGGUUAUGAACCCACUGGUAAUUGAAAAUUUUGAAAGACUUGUCGAGCUUCAACCCCAAACCAGAUUCAUGACAGUGUAUUUCAAUCACAUGUCACAAGAAAUAACGCCUGCUAGGUAUGUUCCCACAUACGUCAAUAUACUAGAUAUUCCUGAAUCCACUUUAUUCUUCGACACGUCCAUGCAAGCAGAGAUUCGUGGAAUUCCGGAUCAUCUACGCUCGCGGGAGAUCCCUAAAAUAUUCACAAGUAAAUAUCAACACAUAGACUGCCUUAAAAUGUUUUACACUGAUGGGUCACGAAUCAGUGAGGCCACUGGUUUCGGUAUUUUCAACAAUAAUUUUUCAAUUUCUCUCAAACUUGCAGAACCCGCCUCUGUUUAUAUAGCGGAACUAGCAGCAGUUCACUAUAGUUUGCAAAUAAUUAAUACUUUACCCCCGAACCAUUACUUUAUCCUCACUGAUAGUCUCAGCACAAUUGCAGCUCUACGCUCAAAGAGGAUUGAUAAUCACGAUCCAUUCUUUUUGGGGAAGAUACGAGAAUCUCUGAGUAACCUGACAAGAAAAUGUUAUAAAUUUACCCUAGUGUGGCUCCCCGCCCAUUGCUCUAUUGCGGGCAAUGAGAAAGCUGAUAAUUUAGCCAAGAUUGGUGCACUAGAUGGUGAAAUAUAUGAAAGACCCAUCGCUUACAAUGAAUUUUAUAGCGCUUCUCGACAGAGGACACUUGCUAGUUGGCAAACAUCUUGGGACAAUGGAGAUAUGGGACGAUGGCUACACUCAAUUACCCCUAAAGUAUCAACGAAGGCAUGGUUCAAAGGAUUGGAUAUGCGCAUCUCCGUCGUAUUGGGCUCGCUGAGGGUAAUCAUUGUGCUUGUGGAGAAGGUUACCAUGACAUUGAGCAUGUUGUUUGGUCCUGCACUGAAUAUCGUGAAGCCAGAUCACAAUUAGUAGAUUCUUUACAAGUCCGAGGAAGACCAAUCCAUGUUCCUGUUAGAGACAUCCUGGCGUAUCGCGAUCCUCUAUACAUGGAACUUAUCUAUCAUUUUCUAAAAACAGCGUCUGUCAAAAUUUAAUUAAAUUCAUCUCCUCAUACUCUCAUCCAAGGCUAAUCAUUCACCAAUUAAAGGAACCUAGAAUAUUUAGUUUUUAAAUUUAGACAAUAACAGAAAAAAAAGUAAAUAAAUACACCCGAAAAUACUAGAUCAGUAUGAAAUACAACAAUGUAAGGAAAAAAGCAAACAAUAAAGUGAUUUCAGUGUUAG